AAUGUAUGUUGUUAUCUUGCAUCGCAUUUGGGGCGCAUCACGCUCAUUCGAACCAGUUAUCCACCUCGCUGCCAUUCUUGUGCACCAACAUAUAGCGGGUCUCAAACCCCAACCGACACAGAUCCUCCUUCAGCGAGCGCUGCAGGAAGUUUCUACAGACUACCUGGAAUUAUCAAAAAAUGGCUUCUACGUGCGCCGCAAGCCGUCUACAUAUCCAUCCUCAUGGGUUCCCGCAAAUUCUUUCAGCGUGACAGAUGACAAUGGUCUCAGUUACUGGGAUCAACGUACGAUAUAUGUGGAACCUCAUAUCCGCCAUCUUUGCAAAACUCCGGCAAAAGUCGCUCACUGGCUGAAGGAGCAUGGAGAACUAAAACCAAAGUGGCUGCCGGUUCAAGCCGUCCACACGCUCUACAACAGUUGCGCCUUUGUGGUUAUAAGCGGAAAUGUUCUCCAUGAGAAAAUAUGGAAGAAAUGGAGAGAUAGAGGCAAGCCAGAGGACUGGAAAAUCAUGACCAAAGUCGAACAUACGAAGCGCACCGAGGAGUAUCUGGAACUUCUCAAGGAGAAUAACGCCUGGAUCAAGCAACCGCGGCCCUCACCAUCAGCUGUAGCCGCCGCCAAAGAAAGUUCGUCGCAUGUUGGAGCAGCCGAUGAUCGCGCACUACCAGCAAGGAAGAAAUUGAAAUUGACAAACUAUCCACUGGAAUAG